CAGACACAUGCAGUCGGCCAUGUUUGUUUGAUAGCGGAAAGAUUUUUCUCUUGUCAAGUUUACGAAAUGUGAACAUUUUUAACAUUCAAAAUAUUUAUUUCUUGCCUUUAUUAGCCUGUUUGCUUUCCAAUAAUGCCUCCUACAGUCCAAGGUCAAUCAAAACGGGAGGAUCAUCAGCAUGGAAGCACUCGUCCAAAGUCUGAUUUCGUGUGUCGACUCAAGUUCAAUAACAGUCUUCCAGACAUCCCAUUUGAUGCAAAGUUUAUCACAUAUCCAUUUGAAGGAAACAGGUUUGUGCAGUACAAGCCUACCUCACUGGAGAAAAAUUACAAACAUGAACUGUUAACUGAUAUAGACUUGGGGGYCAACAUUGAUCUUAUUGACCCAAGCAUGUAUGCAUAUGAUCCUAAUGCAACACUAGACCCUACUGAUGAAAUGCUCCUUGAAGAAGACUCCGUCGUUAUGCCUGACCAAAAACGAACAAGACAUCACAACAAGAAUGUAUCAUGGUUAAGAAAGACUGAGUACAUCUCUAGAGAAUUUAACAGAUCUCUUACAAGUAAUGAGAUGGCUGAGACAAAGGUUGGCUAUAGCAUACGAAAGAAAUUCAAGGGUACAGAUCUCUACAAGGAUAGAGAGAGUCAAAUUGCAGCUAUAGAAAACACAUUUGAUGCGGCUAAAAAGCCAAUUCAUCAUCAUCCAAGUAAACUGAACAUCACCCCUGUAGAAGUGUUACCAGUGUUUCCAGACUUUCAAAUGUGGUCAUAUGCCUGUGCUCAUGUGGUGUUUGAUACAGAUCCAACAUCACGUGAUCAGAAAGGACCAGCCAAGGAAGAUGAAAUGAGCCAGGCAAUGAUCAGAGGUAUGGUUGAUGCUAGUGGUGAUCAGUUUGUCGCUUAUUUUCUCCCAAACAAAGUAACACUAGGAAAAAGAAAACGAGAUCAAGAAGUCGCUACAGAUUAUGUGGAAGAUGAGGAUUAUGAAUAUAAUAUGGCAAGAGAGUACAACUGGACUGUCAAGAAUAAGGCUACCAAGGGAUACGAGGAAAACUACUUUUUCGUAUUUCGAGAAGGUGAAGGCGUCUUUUAUAAUGAAUUAGUUACAAGGGUUCGUCUGAGCAAGCGCCGAGCACGCGGUGGCAUUGGAGGUGUGCGGUCAGCGGUUUCUAAGCUAGUGGUUAAACACAGAGAAUUGAAUGAACCCGAGAAGAAAGAACAGCGCAUACGAUUUAGCCAGUUAGAACCGACCACACUCGAAGAAGAAGAGGACGAGGAAGACGAGGGUGAUGAAGAUGAGUUUGGGGGAGAUGACGAGUCCUCUGUUCAAGAUCAGGAAAAUGAACAGGCAAGUAAGGAAGACGAAGAAAAAGAAGACGAGGAAACAGAAGAAAAGGAAGAAGAUGAGGGAGAAGAUGAAGAGGGAGAAGACGAUCAGGAAAGAGACGACGAGGAUAACGAAGACGAUGAUGAAGAAGAAAGCCACGACGAUAAUGAGGACGAGAAACAAAGUAGUGGUGAAGGGGAUUCUACUCCUAUGGAAUCAAAUAGUGAAGAAGAUGACGAAUAGAACGCUUAUUAGCCUUAUUGUUUUACACAGCCUACAAUCGAAGGAUAAGAAGUAACCUGGAUUUUUUUAUUAUUUUCGUUUCUAUCCAUUCCUGCUUUUUAUGUGUUGAAAUCUAUUAACUAGCAUUCUGUAAUGAAAUGAAGUCAGUGCAGUACAGAGAAAAACUUGAGGCCAUUUUACCUCCUUCGCUUUUUAAACCUUUGCUGGUAGUAUCUGCUAAGCUGUAAUCCAAGGGAGAAGUAUAACUCGUAUUUUUUCUACAAUAUAUGUGCACGUACGCUUUGACGUAAAAAAAGUCCAAAUAAAAACCGGCCACAUAGAAAUGACAAAAGCUUUCUAAGCGAGUUUUGGGCCACUUUUUUGCAAAGGCCCGGUUCUGCCUUGUGCAGAACGAUUCACUUGUAUUUAGGAACUACAUUAUAAGAAUCAGUAAAGGAAGCAGGGUAGCCUUUACUACAUGAAAAUUUCGCCGAAAAGACAUGUUUGUCUUUGGUGAGAAUGUUUGCACAAGGCCAAGUGAAAUGCAAGUAAACGAUGAAACGUU